AACGGGUAACAGCAUACUAUGCACAAGUAGAAGUAACCGCCUCCCUCUCUUUCUCUCUCUUUUGUUUUGUCGCGCUUCUUUGAUCAUUUAGUUCUACGCGCCGUCGUGUCAAUUGGCACGCGCCGCUAUCUUCCCUCUAUUUUUAACUUCUUGCCCUUUUUCCUUUUCUUUCGUUCUUUUUUCCUUAUCUUCUUUCCACUUUCUCUAUUUUUCUCUUCUCUUUCUUUAUACUUUCUUCUUUUCAUCUCUCUUCUCUCUGUAAUCACCAUCACUGCUAUCUCCACCAAUAGCACCCCACCACCUGUAGCACCACUUCUCUCUGAUCACCAUCUCUUUCUCUCUCUCUCUCUCUCGUUUCUGUCUAUGUCUAAGAUCUGAAACUUCAGAGGAGGGAGUGGGCAUCAAUAAUUUUAUGAAUCCACAGCUCUGAUGAUUACGAGAUGGGCGGAGUCACCUCAUCAAUAGCUGCAAAGUUCGCUUUCUUCCCGCCAAAUCCUCCCUCAUAUACUGUCGUAGAAGACGAGUCCACCCCCGGGAGGCUAGUCAUUCCGGAGGUCCCGAGGAGGGAUGAGGUUGAUAUUUUGAAGCUCCGGACUCGACGAGGAAACGAAAUAGUGGCCGUUCAUAUAAAGCAUCCUAAAGCAUCAACAACUUUGCUAUAUUCCCAUGGAAAUGCAGCUGAUUUGGGACAGAUGUUUGAGCUCUUCGUCGAGUUGAGUAAACGCCUUCGCAUUAAUCUCAUGGGGUAUGACUACUCUGGAUAUGGACAAUCAAGUGGAAAGCCAACUGAAUGUAAUACAUAUGCGGAUAUAGAGGCUGCAUAUAAUUGCCUCAGAGAACAGUACGGGGUGAAAGAUGAGCAAUUAAUACUGUAUGGUCAGUCUGUUGGUAGUGGACCUACUGUUGAUCUUGCUUCACAGUUAACAAACUUGAGAGGUGUGGUUCUACAUAGCCCAAUUUUGUCUGGAAUGAGGGUAUUAUAUCCAGUCAAGAGGACGUACUGGUUUGACAUUUACAAGAACAUUGACAAAAUCGGUAUGGUGAACUGUCCUGUUCUGAUAAUUCAUGGAACAGCAGAUGAAGUUGUUGAUUGCUCCCAUGGGAAGCAGCUUUGGGAGCUUUGCAAGGAGAAGUAUGAACCAUUAUGGAUAAGUGGUGGUGGACAUUGCAAUCUUGAGCUUUAUCCAGAGUUCAUCAAACAUCUGAAGAAGUUUGUGUUGACAAUAGGCAAAUCAAAAACAGCUCCAAAUGGUUCUAAGAAAACAACAGUAGAGUUGGAAAAUGAGAACAAACCGUCUGAGAGUGGAACAUCAGAUACUUUUGAAUUGGUUCCUGACCUUCCAGAAGUCUCUAGAAAUAGUUUAGAUAGUAGGCUUGAGAAAUCCAAGAAGCCAAAUAAACCUGAAAAGUCACGGAUGAGCACCGACCGUGUUGAUAGAUUUAGGAGAAGUAAAGGCAUGGUCUGGUGAUUGCUUAUACUAAGAGCUUCUUCUUCAAUAAAAUGUGUAGGUCCACUUGAGGAGGUAAUUUAUUUUUCACUCUUGCUUUUGUAACAUGCAUCAAAUUUCGUACAAAGAAGUCUUGAGUGUAAUUUUUUAUUUUUUACAUAAAUGUCGUAUCUGUAUGUAUCUUUAGAACCCGAAUCAAAUUAAGCUAAAUCUUGCAUGUUAA